CUCAUUGCCGAGGACGGCGUCAGUGCUCGUCGAGCGACCGUCGCGGCCGGUGCGUGUGUGUCGAGCGUCCCCCAGCUAUCGUGUUCAAUUACGAAAUCGUUCAGUGCCAGUGAUAACACCUCCGUGCUCCGCCAGUCGCCGGCGGACGUGACUCGGCAGCCCCCGACCCGCGCCGAAUCCGAAUUUCACGCGCCGAAACGCCGCGGUAAAUGCCCCAAAGUUUGCAUUUACACGGGAAUCAGUCGCUAAAAUUACAUUAUCCUUGUGUGUGUUCCGUGUCAGUGGUGUAGUUGUGCGGCGGCAUCAUGCGGCCGAAGGACGACGUGAACACGAAGAUCCAGACGGGGACUUUCAUAUUGUCGGAGAAAAUCGACGAUACGAAGUCCCGCAAGAGCGAGAAGGACCUGAAGAAGGAGAUGAAGAGACUCGAGAAGGAGAAGCUGGAGAGAGAGAAGAGGGAGAAGAAACUGCGAGAGAAGGAGAAAGAAAAAGAAAAACAGUCUAAGAAAGGCAAGGUGGUCUGCGGCGCGUGCGGCGGCAAGUGCUCGGGCGAAGUGUUGCGCGUGUCGGACAAGUACUUCCACACGGCGUGCUUCACGUGCCGCGCGUGCGCCGCGUCGCUGGCGCGCGGCGGCUUCUUCUGUCGCGACGGACACUACUACUGUCCGCAGGACUACCAGCGCUCGUUCGGCACGCGUUGCGCGGCGUGCGGUCAGUACGUGGAGGGCGAGGUGGUGUCCGCGCUCGGCAAUACUUACCACCAGAAGUGUUUCACUUGUGCAAGAUGCAAACGAGCCUUCCCAUCAGGCGAGAAGGUGACCUACACUGGGGCCGAAGUGGUCUGCUCGGGCUGCGUGGCCGGCGCGCCGCAGCGGCAGACGGCUCGCUCCACACGCUCGCCCGCCGUCGAGUCCAGCGCGAAGAUCAGCCAUGACAACCACGUGGAGACCAGCAGUGAGCCGAAGAAGGAACCUGCUGAGAAUGAAUGUGCAGGAUGCGGGCAGGAGCUGUCCGAAGGUCAAGCUCUAGUGGCAUUAGACAGACAAUGGCACACGUGGUGUUUCGCGUGCGGCGCGUGCGGGCAGGUCCUUCAGGGGGAGUACAUGGGGCGCGGGGGGACUCCGUACUGCGAGCGCGACUACCAGCGGCUGUUCGGUGUACGGUGCGCCCAUUGUGACCGCUACAUCUCGGGGAAAGUGUUGCAGGCUGGUGACAACCACCACUUCCACCCGACCUGUGCCCGCUGCUCCAAAUGCGGCGACCCGUUCGGCGACGGCGAGGAGAUGUUCCUGCAGGGCGCCGCCAUCUGGCACCCGCGCUGCGGCCCCGCGCCCGGCCACGCGCCCUCCCGGCCCGAGUCUGAGCUGCAGUUCUCGACGCGCUCGCGCACGCCGAGUGUGACCGGCUCCUACUGCAGCCCCUACAGUAGCUUGAAUAGGAAGUACACCUACGGCGCAGUCUCGCCCGGACUGACCCUGCGCGAGUACCGUUCCACCGGCGCCUGCUCUCCUCACCGCAUCACGACGUACUCGUACCUGUCUCACGAGCCCCAGUACCUCCGCCGGCCGCUGCAGCCGUACGACCGCCCGCCCGCCUCGCCACACUUCCAUAGACCGGCCAGUGAGUCCCGGCCCGUUAGCGUUACCGGCAUGAGCUCGGCAACAGGCACCCGGUCCAGCUCCCGUCCCGGCAGCAAGGCCUCGUCCCGGCCCGGCAUGCGCGCCCUAGUCGACUCCAUACGCAGCGAGACGCCGCGCCCCAAGUCGCCCGGCAUGAACAAUGAGGAACCCAUAGAGCUGUCCCACUACCCUUCGGCCUACAAGCCCGCGCCCGGAACUAAAUCCAAGAUCGAACGAGACGACUUCCCAGCACCGCCUUACCCCUACACUGACCCAGAACGUAGGAGGCGGUGGUCCGAUACAUACAAAGGCGUGGACGUGAGCGACGAGGAGACUGAUGGACAAGUCAACGGGAAGGUCAACGGCAACUCAGAGCUAAUAGACCCUCAGCUUCGUCGCGAAGAGCGUGAGCUGUCCAACAUCGGGGCCGGCAUCGCGCAGGUGUUCCUCAAGGAGGUGAAGGAGAGGGAGAAGAUGAAGAUGUGGAAGAAACAGAACCUCGACCCGAGGAACGCUAGCAGAACCCCAUCGGCAUCCAAAGAGCCCGCCUACCGGCUCAGAUACUCGUCUCCCGUCGGCGCCUCCCCGUCGAGGCAACUAGAGGAGAGGCGAGCGAGAGAGAGCGAGAUGUCGGCUUACUAUGCGCACACCUCUCACUCGCACAUACCUAGCUAUAACGUACACACUUACCACAUAUCAGAAGUAAUGCACGCGGCGCCGCGGCCGGGCUACGGGCUGCGGUCCAGCACGCUGCCCGCCGGCGUGGGACACCACUGUAACGGUGAUUUCACAUUUAGCGGCAUGGGAGAUAAAACGCACAGCACUGACUUUAGUAGUGGAAAAUCAGAUAUUUCCGCCGGUUCCAUCACUGAUGUGGACAGGAGUGCUGUGACAACAACAGACGGCGUCCUCCCCCCGCACGUCUCUCUCGGCCCCUCCCGCACCGUGCGUCGCUCUUUACCCAACAUGGCCACCUCGGCACUGCUUCAUGAACCAGCCAAACUGUAUCCGUAUCAUCUGCUGCUGAUUACCAACUACAGGUUGCCGCCCGAUGUCGAUAGGUUGAACCUUGAGCGCCAUCUAUCGGAUGCGGAGUUCGAGGCGAUUCUUCAAAUCCCGCGCCCCGACUUCUACCGCCUGCCGCAGUGGCGCCGCAACGAGCUCAAGCGACGCGCGCGCCUCUUCUAAACUCACACUUAGCACGCUGCCAAUAAAUGUUAUCACUUGUACUUG